AUGGAAGAAUCAGAAAAGUCUUUGACUCAUCUCGAUUUGCCCAGCCUUCUGAGCGCGGACUCUCUUUGGGGAACCCCUCGCAGCCCCACCUCGCCUACCCACCUUUUGCGCAAGUCGCAAAUCAAACGGCAGAUGUCGUCGACCCACACCAUCCAUGAGUCCGUGAGUCUUUCAAAGGUGGGCAGCAGUUGGAUCGGGGGCGAGGAUGGGAUGUUUUCAAUCAACCGAGUGCCGGGGGGAUGUAACAAAGAAGAGUCUAACGAGAUCGAGGCCCUCCGCAAAACCAACCUGGCCGUCCAGAAAGCUACCUCCCGCAGACUCUCGACACCCAAGUUAGUCAAGUUGCCCUCCUCCUUAUUUGACCAGUCAGCUCAGAGAGCCUUUGGCCGACCGGAGCAGCCGGAUUGGCUGAGAGCCUUGAUCUUGGUAGCUGAACGGACAAAGGAGGAGGAUUCUGGGAGCAGGAGCUCGGCCGAUUGCUCCUCAAUAACCAUGCAAUUGCGCCUGAAGCAGAGACAGACGGACAAACCACCAAAAUUCCGACCAACAGCGUUUGUGAGAAUCACGACACAAGGGGGCAGCUGA